AUGUCCCUCCGUCCCCGUCUGCACACGCCCUCCGCCCCCGCCCCGCCCCAGCCCGACACGCCGGCCGCGCACUACGCCGACCCGAUGGAGGAGGAGGGCUCGCGCAAGAAUGUGCACAAGCACGCGCGUAACGAGUCCCUACCCCGCUUAACGGCGCGCGGCCAUGCCGCAAAUGGUAACGGCAACGGUGUCGGGAACGGAGGUGCGGCUGGUGGAAAAGGAGGAGAAGAGGAAGAAGAACCGUACGACAAGCUGAGGAAGAAGAACCGAUUCGUGCCCGGGCAGAAGGCGUGGAUUGUCAUUGCUGCUGUGCUUGGUGUGAUUCUGCUGGCUAAGAUGGUUGCUUACCGUCCACGAACCAUCGAAGUCGACGUCUCGACCCUCGAGCCGCGCGACUAUUUCAACAAUUCACAGACGGACCCUGCGCCGUUCGAGUUCUGCCCUGUCUUCGGACCGGGCGACGCCGUCGCCGCGCGUCGGGGACAGUUUGAGCUGCUCCGCUCUCGCCUGCACCUUGGCACGGGGGCGCGUAUCCAGCGCGUGCUGAACAAGGCCAUGCAGGGUCUCCCGGUCACGAUCAGUGUGCUCGGCGGCUCGGUGUCGGCGUGCCAUGGCGCCGGCGACGAUCCGGUCGGCUCGACAUGCUACCCCGCGCGGUUGUAUCACUGGUGGAACUCGGUGUUCCCCAACCCGCACAACGAACUUACGAACGGCGCGGUGAAGCGCACCGAUUCAGCAUACUAUGCGUACUGCUCCGCGCACCACCUCCCCGACACUGCCGACAUUGUCAUUCUCGAGUUUGACGGCUCAGACCCGAACGACCGCGACUGGCUCGCGUACUUUGAGCAGCUUGUGCGCAGUGUGCUCACGCGUCCCGAGCAGCCGGCGGUCAUCAUCCUGGGCCACUUCAGCCCGCAGGUGCAGGCGCAGUACGGUUUCGCGGGCCCCGAGCUGCUGCACAACGCCGUCGCGCAGUUCUACGACCUGCCCCACAUCUCGGCAAAGGGCGUGCUCUACGACCAGUACCUCGAGAACCCGCUCGGCGCACUCAGCGACCUGUACCACGAUUCGCAGCAUGCGAACCACGAGGGGCACGACCUCAUGGCCGACGUGCUCAUCAGCUACUUCAUGAGCGAGAUCUGCCAGGCGUGGGGCACACACAUGGGCAACACGUAUGCCGUGAACCCGCGCGCGCUGCAUGCGGAAGGCUCCGCGGGGGGCAAGGCGGCGGGCGCCCCCGUGCCCCUCGGCGGCCUGGGUCUGCGGCCGAACCAAGUCCCGGGCCAGAAGGCAGAGGACGGCGCGGUGUCGGGCGAGAUGACGUCUGUCGCCGCCGUGCCCCGCAUGCGCAUCCACGACCGCCCCUCGGCCCUCGACACAUUCCGGGAGACAGAGCCGUACUGCGUGUCCGCGGCCGAUCUCGUCUCCCCCCUGCCCCCCAGUAUCUUCUUCGGGUCCGGCUGGCGCCAGCACACGCCCAAGAACAAGGACGACCGCUUCUACUGGUACGCCGAGCAGCCCGGCUCGCGUCUCCGCAUUCCCGUCAAGAUUGGCUCGGGCGAUGUGGGCGUGUACUACCUCCAGUCCCCGCACGGGAGCACGAAACGCGAGGCCACCGUCAAGUGCCAAGUCGACGACAAUGUCGGCGGCGCAAAGACGAUUCAUGGCAAUGCAGAGGUCGAGGAGGAGAUUGCUACCCUCACCAUCAUCGACAUCAAUGUCGACAAGGGAAGCCAUUUCGUCGAGUGUGUGCUUGAUGGCGAGCCCGGGGGCCCAAUUACGCCGUUCAAGAUUCUUGGCAUCCUAGAGCGUCUUGCUCUUGGGCGAGUUCUUGGCGAAGAACUUCUUCCUCUGCUUCAGCAUGUAAGUGUAGAGGACAUAGAGGGCGGGCCACCAAACGAAGAACAAGACCAGCCUGGCCACCUCGAUAAAUGUCCAGCGCCCGCCGGCCUGGACGGCGGCGCGGGCGCGCGCCAUCUGCCACACCAUGCUGCGCCCGAGGCCGCUCUGGACAAACUUGGCGGGGAGUUUGGAGAAGAGGUCGUGCGCGGCCUCGAGCACGCGCGGGAUGUAGGGCAGCGUGUCGAGGGGCGGGAGGGUGGAGAAGGACAGGAACGCCUCGCUGCCCGCGCCCAGGGGAUAGAGCACAAGGAAAAGCGUGUAGCGCAGCCAGUUGAUGGCGUACAGGUCGAUGCCGAGCAGGGCCAGGAAGUAGAAGGGGUAGCGCACCACCUCGGUCAGAGACCAGGCGAGGAGCAUCGUCGCGAAGAGAGGGUUCUUGUGCGUCUGGCGUUAGCGCGAGUGCAGCGAGCAAGCUUGCAAUGGGUUGUGCGAGCUCCAGAUCGGGACCACAUCGCCUCACCCCACGCCCGACUUUAUACUCACACUCGGGCACAUCUCGACAACGCCCCAGACGGCCCAGAGACGGCUCGCGACCUGGCUCAGAACGGUGCCGACGGGGGAGCGCACAAUGCCAAUCGCGGCGUGCACGACCUCCAUGACGGCCAGGGUCUGGACAUACUUGGUCGCCUCGCCGAGGCCGUGAAAGUCGUACGCGCCCGAGAGGUGGUCGCCGAGCUUGGCGAGCCACGACAGCGGAGGCGUGCCAUGCGCGCCCUGCCCGAGCACCGUGAUGCGCGGGUUGCUCGCCUUCUCGAGCGCAGUGCGCGGGGUGAAGAUGAACCACAGCGUCAGGUAGAGCAGGUAGCCCCACCCGACGGCCGAGACGGCGUUGAAAGCGAGCAGAUACGCCUUGACCAGCGGGUGGGCUUUGCGUUUCGAAGGCGGCGUGUAGAGGCAGCGUGUUUCCGAGGUGUGGGAGGGUGUGAGGGUUACCCACGGCAGGCCGUCGAGGGAGAAGCGUUUGCGCGAGUGAGUGUGGGAGUGAGUGUGGGAGCCAUUGGAGUGGGAGCCGUUUGA